AUGAAAGGCUCCCGUCUUGCCUUUGGUCUUCUCUCUGUCGUGUUUUGUCUCCUCUGGGCUCCUUCGACUGGGUUCAAGACUCUCCACUUGGGAAGCUGUGUGAUCACCACAAACCUCGAGGAAAUACAAAGCGGUUUCUCCAAGAUUCGGGACACUGUGCAAGCCAAAGAUGAAAACAUUGACAUCAGAAUCUUAAGGAGGACCGAGUCUUUGCAAGACACAAAGCCUUCAGCUCGGUGCUGCCUUCUCCGCCAUUUACUGAGACUCUACCUGGACAGAGUUUUCAAAAACUACCAGACCUCUGACCAUAAUACCCUCCGGAACAUCAGCAGUCUCGCCAAUUCCUUUCUUACCAUCAAGAAGGGCCUCCGGCUUUGUCAUGCCCGCAUGACAUGCCAUUGUGGGGAAGAAGCAACGGAGAAAUAUAGCCAGAUUCUGAGUCACUUCGAAAAGCUUGACCUUCAAGAAGCAGUGGUGAAGGCUUUGGGGGAACUAGACAUUCUUCUACGAUGGAUGGAGGAGACAGAAUAGGAGUGACGUGAUGAGGCGGCUGAGAAUACUCCUGAGCAAGCAUCCUAGU